AUGGCCUCCCAGAUCAGUCAGAACUAUCACCAGGAUUGUGAAGCUGCUGUCAACAAGCAGAUUAAUGUGGAGCUCACUGCCUCCUAUCUCUAUCAGUCUUUGAUGUCCUACUUUGACCGGGAUGAUGUUGCCCUCACCCAUGUCUCCCGGUUCUUCAAAGAUCAGUCCCAGGAGAAGCAGGAACAUGCAGAGAAGCUGCUGAAAUUCCAGAAUCAGCGUGGAGGCAGAGUCCUCCUCCAGGAUGUGAAGGUGGGCAACAGUCUGCAGGCGCUGCAGGUUGCCCUGGAUCUGGAGAAGAAUGUGAACCAGAGUUUGCUGGAUCUACACCAACUCUCCACGGCCCAGACUGACCCUCAUCUGUGUGACUUCCUGGAGACUCACUAUUUGGAUGAGGAGGUGGAGAUCAUCAAGCAACUCGGGGACUACAUCACCAACCUGAAGCGCCAACACAAAGUGAAGACAGCCCUUUAUCUACUGACCCAGCUGCCUGAUCACCAAGGUCUAAAGGAAGAGGCCCAGCAGGCUCUGAUUUCAAUCCAGCUGGCGGAAGCAGCAGAGGUGUGA